UUGGUUGAGUAAACGUCAUAAGUGAGUGUUUAUUUUAGGGCGUUGUUGGGUGUUGCCCUUAAUUUUGUUUAUUUUUGGAUAUUUUGGAACAAAGAAUUACAAGUAAAUAUCUAAAAUUACACAAUAAAAAUAUUUUAAUUAACUUCUAAAUAAUUAUGGUUCGUUUAACCAAGAAGGAAUCUCAGCAACAAGAUAAAGUGGAACUUUUAUUGAGCACCAAUCAAGUUAAUCAAGAAUCGACAACACAGGCGACAGAAAACUCAUCAUAUUUAUGCUCAGAAGACAACGAUACGAAUAAAUUAUAUUUGACAGAACUAUUAAAAAGUGUUACACCAUCGAAAAAAAUUAAUUACGAACAUUUAACUUCAGAAAAAAUUUUCGAAAGAAAAUUGAAAAAUAAAGAACCAGUCAAGCUAGGUAAUAAAGAGGAAGUUAAUACUUUAAUUGACAAUUGUUCAAAUAUUAAAAAUCCUGACGCGCAAGAACUAGCAAGUUUAUUACAAAAUCCUCAUUUUCAACAAUUAAUUGAUUGUCACGAUAAUAUUGGUGAAAAUAUCAAAAAAUCUGAAAAAUUUGAGGGUCAUUUAAUUCCAGUUGAAGUUUUAAACGGAAAUAUGCCAAUCGAAACAAUUAAAAUGGUUGGGAUUCGAAGAAAUCCAAAUCAACCAUUGGGAUUUACGAUUGAAGUUGAUGAGUAUAAUCAAGUAGUUGUAGCUCGGAUUGUUGCUGGAGGUAUUAUUGAGAAACAAAGCUUAUUACAUCCUGGUGAUGUAAUAUUAGAAGUCAACGGAGUACCUGUUCAUACUGCCGAAGAAUUACAAACCGAAGUUAGCAGAUCUAAAGAACAUUUAACAUUUAAGGUAGGUCCUAAUGUUGAAGAUGAAAUAAAGUCUGGAAGGUUAACUGCAGUAUCGAAUGGUGCUUUUAAUAAACUUGAACAAAAGUUAACUUGUUAUAUGAGAGCGCUUUUUUCUUAUAAUCCUGAAGAUGAUUCUUUGAUACCAUGCCCUGAAUUAGGGCUUGCCUUUAAUCAAGGUGAUAUUUUACAAAUUAUUGAUGUUAAGGAUCCAAAUUGGUGGCAAGCAAGAAAUAUUACUUCCAAUUCGGAUAAAACUGGUUUGAUUCCGUCCCAAGAAUUGGAAGAAAGACGUAAAGCUUUUGUACCACCUGAAGCUGAUUUUGUACAUAAAAUUGGUAUAUGUGGAACAAGAAUUUCAAAACGAAAACGCAAAACAAUGUAUAAAUCAAUUGCAAAUUGUGAAUUUGACAAAGCUGAUCUAAUGUUGUAUGAAGAGGUUACACGGAUGCCACCUUUUCGUAGGAAAACUUUGGUCUUAAUUGGUGUAACAGGUGUUGGCCGACGUACAUUGAAAAAUCGUUUAAUUAAUAGCGACCCCGAUAAAUUUGGAGCCGUAAUUCCUCAUACUACAAGACCAAAACGUCCACUUGAAGAAGACGGUACUUCAUAUUGGUUUGUUGAUCGUGAAGAAAUGGAAGAGGAAAUUAAAAAUAAUAAAUUUCUUGAAUAUGGUGAACAUAAUGGAAAUUUAUAUGGUACCCAUAUUGAAUCAAUUAAAGAUGUAAUUAAAAGUGGAAAAAUGUGCAUCUUAGAUUGUGCUCCAAAUUCUUUAAAAAUUCUACAUAAUAGUACUGAAUUAAUGCCAUUCGUUAUAUUUGUUGCAGCACCUGGUAUGGAACAAUUAAAACAAAUUUAUGCAGAACGUCGUGCUACAAGUGGAUCACAACGAAGUCUAGCAUUCGAUCGACAGAGUUCUAUUCGUUAUAGUUCAAGACGUGCCAGAACUUUAGAAUCUCUUGCUUCCUUAUAUGAAGAUGAUGAUUUGGUUUCAACUGUAGAAGAAAGUGCAUUUUUACAACGUAAAUACGAGAAAUAUUUUGAUAUGGUUCUCGUUAAUGAUGAUUUUGAUGAAACAUUUAGAAAAGUUGUUGAAGCAUUAGAUCAGUUAAGUCAUGAUCAUCAAUGGGUUCCUGUUAACUGGAUUUAUUAAAUGAAAAACAAUAUUUCUUGUUAUUGCCAAUCUCAGAAUAGAAGAACAGGAAAUCCACCAAAAAUUUAUAUUUUUCUUUUGAAAUCAAUUAUCGAAAAAUUUAUUAAAAUAACAAAAAAAAAGCUUA